UGAAAUUAAGGAUCCCUCGCCAAUCAUUUAAAAAGAAAAAGAAACUUUUGAGAGCCGCAUCCUCCACACCGUAGGAAAAUAGUAGACAUAAAGGCAUCCCUUUGAGGCUAUCAAUACAGCAAGAUAUUAAUGCAUUUUAAGAAUAUCGUUGGAAUUGCUAUAAUGCUGCAUGCAGCAGGGACAUUUUGCUCAAAUAAGCAACUGGGUUGUCCGAAACACUGGAAAAGAUUCGAGAAGUCGUGUUACUUAUCACCAAAGUCAUCCCUAGACUGGCGCGCUGCUCAGUUCAGCUGCAGUAAGUACAACGCUCACCUGGUUACAGUCUCAACCGCAAGAGAAAACUCUUUCCUGAUUCGAGAAUUCGUCACCACGCAACAACACAGUAGGCAUUUUUGGCUCGGCUUACAUAGAUCACCUUCCAGUCCCUCGAAGUGGGUUUGGGUCGACGCAUCCCCAGUGACAUUCAAGGACUGGUACUCGGGGCAGCCUGACAAUUAUCGCCAUGAAGAGUUUUGUGGGGAGAUGUAUGUUCUUCAAGUUCGUGACGGUGUGGUGAAAUGGAAUGACUUAAACUGCUCCCGGGCUUCAAGCUUCAUUUGUGAGAAAGAAAUUCUUGGUUUGCCUUCGUGUACAGAAGAUAACGGCGGCUGUCAACAUUUCUGUUUGUCAUCAGAUGAUCGCAUAGUUUGUAAGUGUAAAGAUGGAUUGAUCACUGAAAAUAAUGGAGCCGUAUGUUUAGAUCCUAGGAUGUAUUGGUCACAAGAAGCUCAACAAAAAGCCAGCAGCUCGUACAAUAUGGCUCUACUCGUCAUACAGUUGUUAUCACUUAUUCUUCUCCUUCCAAUGGCGCUGGUUCUGGUGUCGUUCUACAGAAGAGUUUCAAAGCAAAGAAGACGAGCAAAGGCACAACUUAAUGCCGCAGUGGUGAAUUCACCAAUGCCUCAAGAUGAAAGCUUCGGAAAUCAGAACACCCGGCUUACUAACGCAACGUAUGAAAACAGUUGCAUUAAUGAUAAUGUCUAGUUUGCUGAAAGAUAUAAGCACAUCUAAAUCUUAACUGAUCGAUCAGUAUGGUUAUUCAAACCUGUAAGUUACCCCAUAAGAUAUUAAGGAAAUAAUUGUUCUGUAUGGUGCGGUUGAAUUCUUUCGAGUUUUAAUCCACGAGGGAAAUAAAUUGGGAACAAACCUUG